UCCAUUACCUCUCUUUCUCCCCUUCUCCACCUCAUCUCAGGGCAGCCUAAGGAUUCACCAUCCCAUUAAUAUAAGUUGAAUGAAAGAAAAAGAACUCAUUCUGCAUCACAUCUUAUUAUGGAAUCAUCAACCCAAUGCCCUUAAUUUUCAUUAUUCAAUGGAAAAAUAAGGAUCAAGAUCCCGGUGUCAAGUGGUUAUAAAGAAAUAGACAUAUGAAAUAAGUUUUACAGUAUUUAUCGAACAGUUAAUAACAAUUAAAGAUGGAUGGGAAAUGCAAUGUUUGGUCGUAAGAACUAAGACACAUGACAGACUAGGAUGUUAUUUUCUUCUCAGUUCUGAAAUUUUUUUAGCUCUCUCUUGCAUGGUGCAUAAGCAUUCAUCUUCUCCCAUAAUCAAUGCAGGAGUUCAGGAAGAUGUUCUUCCUGCGACCGUUCCAGCUUAUUACAGAGCUCCGCCUGUCAAGAGAGAUCAUUAAAGCCAGACGCCAUAAAGAGAUUGUAAGCCAAAACUUCUCUAUUGUCAAGACGACCAAGCAAAUUUGUACUGGAAAAUGUCUCCCUAAUGUUCAUUUGAUCUAAUCUGUUGAAUUAGUUCUCAGAUAGUAGAGAUCUUCUUCAUGCUUAUUCCAUUGAGUGGCUGCUUCUCCAUUCUAAUAGACAAAUAAUGAUCCAAAAAUCCCACAUCUUACACGGGUUCUGCCCUGUAGAAUUGCAUUGUACAGGUUGUCAUGAUCUGGGUCCUCUUCUUCUUCUUGAAGCUCAAACCCUAAGCGGACCAAGCACGUGAGUCUCUGUGAUAAAAUUUUGGCGUACUUGCGACUGUACCAAUACCGAACACAAGAAACCAAAACAUCCUUUGAUUUGUUGGUUUCGGCCUUGGUUUUGGCCCGUUUGAGUGUCUCCACAACAUUAAAAGCAGUGUGCUGCAACUCUCAAAAACUGCCGAAGCAAAAAAAGGUUGGCGCCCACUGCAUCAAUCUUCCUCUGUACUUCCCCCCCAUACAUCCCCUUAUAAGCCAUUAAUUCACCAAACAAAACCUACCCACUUCUCAAAAACCAUACCCACAAAGCUUAAUCAGCUUCCUCAGUUUCCUGAUCAACUAUCUAUACUAUAUACUUUGGAGUUUCUCCUCUGAACUGAUCAGAAAAGAAAUGCCAGGAAAUGCCACCCUUCACCCUCUUAAACCCUCAUUUGGGUCCAAACUAUCUCACCCAAAUUACAAGAAUCAAGAAUUGUUGCCGGGGCAUGCUUGUGUCAAAGCCCCACGCAGGAACAUCACACUGUGUGCUGCCACUGCAACAGAAAGCGUAGGUGGGUCUGUGAGGACGGUGAACUCAUCAUCAUCCAGUACUUCAUUCUCAUUCUCGUUGACAACCAUUGCUAGGAGAACGUUUUACCAACUGCUCCGGGUGAAGGAAACCGCCUCACAAACGGAGAUCAAAGCAGCAUACCGUAGUUUGGCAAAGCAGUACCAUCCGGACGCCGUCCAUUCAUCCUCCGAUCCUGAUGCUCGGGGUUUCAUAGAGAUUCACAAUGCUUAUGCAACAUUAUCUGAUCCUGUGGCUCGGGCUCACUACGAUUUGUCAAUAGCUGCUUCUAGUGCUGCUGCACCUGCACGUCCAUAUAGGUACGCGGCAGGAUUCCCUAGUCCCACUAGAAGGUGGGAAAGUGAUCAGUGUUGGUAGAAUUACUACUUGUUUUGUAUGAAAGAAACUGCAAUUGAAAACCGAUCUCGUGCUUUUUCAUC